ACAGCUCCCUUGGUGACAGCAGCAGAUGCCUGAGUUGCAUCUCCAGAGGAUGGUGCAAGGACAUGACUUGGCUCUGGUCCCAGCAUGCUGAAUGCCAUGAAACUGGCACAGCAUGACUGGCUGUACCUUGGCCCUGGCCUCCUCCUGUUCCUGAUGGCCUGGGCUGCCCUGCACUGUUGGUUCAGCUUUUCCAAAAAAUGCCACCAGCAAAUCUCUGUCAGGAGCCAACACAGGUUAAGGUGCAUGAAGACCCAGGAAACAGUUGGUGAGGUGCACACAGACGUAUGUGAGCUUGGUCUGCUCUUCAUGGACGGCAGGCCACUGGGCCGGUUCCUGUGUUAUAACCCUGACUGUGAGCGCUGCAGCCAGGCCAUCAGGGAGAGGCAGUUGAGGCACCAUGCCAGGGGGGCCAGAAUGAGGGCCUCCCGCCAUCUGCACUCCUCUUCAUCUUCAAACUCCAGCACAUCCUGCCAGGAACUGAGCACAGCCAGCUCAUCCCAUUCCCCAACCAGGAAGAAGUUGGCCACCCAAAUUAACCUGCCCUCUGUUGAACUUUCAUGCCAGCCAGAGCUGAAGUACAGAAAAGAGAGGACACUCCUUCUCCAGCGCACAAUGAAGCACCAAAAAUUGCUGGCAAUCCAGGGGCUAGCUGACACAGCCACCUACAAUCCUGGCCUUCUCAGCCAGGCCCACCAGCUUACUGAAACAGAUUCUGUGCAGCCAAUGAGAGAUGUUUGCCACAAUGCCAGAUCACUCCCUACCACAGUUUCCACUUCUGAUAAGGAUGGCAGUCUGCCGACUGGAGUAGAUCCUCAUCCUGUGUCAAGGCUAGAGCAAGGACUCCACUUCUGGAAGCCCCUGAAGAUGCAUAUGCUGAGGAAGUCCAUAGAGACCAAGCUGAGAGUCUUCCCUACCAUUGUGCAGCAAUCCCACAAAACGUACACGCACAGGAUGGCAGCCUGCACAGCUUUCACACCGCUCCACUCCAGUUCUGCCCCCAUCUACUUCCAUUCACUGGAGGCUCUGUUCCUGCAGGAAGAGGUUCAAGAGGCCCUGGAGCUCCACAUCCGUGAAAAGAAACUGCAUCACCGGUGGGGCUUGCCUGGGAGGUUGCUGGCAACACCUCAGGCACAGCCAGCAUCCCCAUGACUGCAGUAUGCGGUGCUCCAAAUCCCGUACCACUCUUGGCACUGGGGCAUAGGCACCAGGUAAGGUGUCAGAGAGAAACCAACUCCUGCUGCCUGCACUAUGAGGGACAUAAUCUGCAAGUGAAGAUAGAGGCCUCCUUGUUGAAAAACUCCCACUGAUUUUUCUAAUUCCUAUUAAAAAUAUUAAACCCA